AAAACGUAUGAUGCGUAGAAGAGGUGAGGAACUUAUAGAAAACCAAAAAUCUCAUUCUCACUUUUGAUAGACCCAAUCUACCUAAUAAAAUUAAAGCUGCCUUCUACCACCUUGAUGUUCGCCCUUACUACCCAAGCCCUUUGCGGUGUUUCAAAUGCCAGAAAUUUGGUCAUACAUCCCAGAAAUGUCCUAAUACCGAAAUGUGUACUUGUGGUCAACCCAAUCACCCAGGAGAGCCGUGCAAUGAACAUAAGAAAUGUAUCAACUGUGAAGGACAGCAUGCUGCUGAUUCUAGAGAAUGUCCGCGGAUGAAGGAAGAAGUUGCCAUCCAAAGAGUGAGGACGCUAGAAAAAAUUAGUUAUCUGGAGGCAAAAAGGAAAUUAUAA